GAAUAAAUUGAAAUCGGCUGGGCGAUGGCAGAAAGCAGCACAACUACACAGAGUUGUAAUUUUUCCAAUGGAAAGGGAGAAAAUUACUUAAAGGUUCCAGAGAAGAUCGACAAGGGUGUUCUCCCACAGGAAUCUUGCAAUGAACAAUCAGACGGCCCAGAAACUGCUUCCUCUGUGUCGACCAAACCACCUAGACGAAAAAAGUCUCUACUGGAGAGCCUUAGGAAAAGUUUCAGCGAAUUCCGUAAUGGGCCUAAAUCUGAGGGUUCAAAGAAUGAUCAAAACAGUCAGUUAGAACGAUGUUAUAACAAGGAGCCAGACGUUGGAGAAGCUGAAAUUGAAGGAACAAGCGUACUGGGUCGGUGUAACGAAAGGAACAAAGUUGAUUCGCGUUUAAGUCUACCAGAUACCGUAAAGAAAUUAUUGAGCUCCCAAGCUUCUUCACCUGGUAUCAAAAGAGGCCAUGAUCAUAUUUGCGAUGUAAACAAGUUCAGAAAUGAAGUGGAUAAGACUGGUCAUGGUUUAUUUGAUAUCGUUCGACAUUCAAACCUACAGGCUGUAUCACUUCAGCGUAAAUUAGAGGAAGACUGGGGCUUGAAACUGGGUCGAAGAGACAGCGGUGACCUCCCUAGAAGCCCUUUUAUGAGGAGGCAACACGAGACAAAAAAUCAGGAAAAAACGGGGCUGGAUAACAAUAUAAAUAACUGUCCCGACGAUGGAGGGGUUCUGAGGUUGAAAUAUUCUACUACUGCGUCUGAAACGCCCAGAAAUGGUUCGUCCUCUGAGAAGCCAAAUCCAAGCCUGAGAAGUCCUCAUCCUCGACAUGGAGUGUACAUUGUCGGAUUAACUGAGGGAGGAGUGGCUGAGAGAUGUGGUGAACUGGCUGUUGAAGAUUUGAUAAUUGAGGUCAAUGGCAUCAUAGCUCUAAACUGCUCGGCUGAAAGUGUCACCACUGCUAUGGAACAGAUUACCAGUGUCAAUCUAGUGGUUGCAAGGAAGAGAGAUCCUUAAGAUAUCAACGCAUAUCAAGAUCCAGAAACCACUGACCCUCGUGCUACAGUUCAUGGCUAGAAAGGCCGGAGAUUUAAUCAUAAAAGUGACAUUAAGUAAAACCGGACGGUGAAGGGACAGAGGAUGUCGAAGAAAAAAAUAUUCCAUCACUUUGUAAAAUUCCCAUCCGUCCUAGUCUAACCUUAUGAACGAAAUGAACUCAGCAAACUUUGGAUAGUUUGACAACGGGAACCCCAACAGCAAAUAAUUUAUGUUUCUAUUGGCAGCUUAACAUUUUUUUCCCACGUUAUGAUGAAGUUAGGACAGGUAACGAUAGAAAAGGUAAAUGCAUGGGCCAUUCACGAAUUCUCCUGGCUCGUUUUUCUUUCCUUUUUUAUCAAUACUUUCCUUUGAGUUGACGUAGUUGCUAGUUAAAGAUGUAUGCUCCAGAAACCAAACGAUGUCUUUGUAACAUCGCUAUCUCAAAAUUCACUUAGAAAUCAGCAACUUGCUGGUUUUGAUAUUCCAAAGAGCAUAGCAGUUGUUUAAAAAUUGUCUCACUAAACUAUGCCCUGCCAUUUUGAAAACGGUUCAAUAACCUUUCAGGACACCUAACAAUACCUACACGACGUCCCAGUAUUGGUUCACAAGACGCUGGCGUUCUCUUAACAAGAAUAUCGUUUUUCAGUAAAAUUAUUCUGGUGAUUAUGGAGAUGCGCGCGCUCUGAUUGGCCGAAGAUUGCGUCAUCUCCCGCUAUAAUCACUUCGCGCAGGGAGAUUAUAGCACAGGUGCUGAAUUUCAAAAUGGCUGCCUCGCGUUUUGAAGUGAUAGACGUGAUUGGAGAAAAAUUCAAUUCCCGAGAGUGCAAAAGAUGCCAUUAAGUUUGGAGUAACACUUUUCAAAAGAAAUAAUUUAUAAGAGGUUUUUACAUUCAAUUACAUUGCAUUCAAUAAACCUGUUAAAUUCUA